GAAAGUUUGCGAGAAAAGACGAGAGUUCGACCAAAACAAUCGUCAUGGCGGCUGCUGCAGAUGACAAAAAGAGCAUUUCCCACAGUACCAGAUUACAUGAAGAUAUCCCCCCAUCCAAGUGGCCCAUCGUAUACAGCUCCGACUACAAUAUUGGCUUCCUGGGCUUGGAAAAGCUGCAUCCGUUUGACUCUGGUAAAUGGGGAAAAGUCUUCAGGUAUCUGAAAGAGAGUGGCCUGCUGAAGGAUGAUGAUGUAGUGACUCCUGUAGAGGCCACAGAGGAAGACCUACUAAUGGUGCAUAGCAGUGGUUACCUUAACAGUCUCAAGUGGAGUAUGGUGGUAGCUGGCAUCACAGAAGUGCCCCCUGUUGCUUUGCUGCCAAACUUCAUUGUGCAAAGAAAACUGCUGAAACCACUGAGAUUGCAGACAGGUGGAACAGUUAUGGCAGGAAAGCUAGCAACUGAGAGAGGUUGGGCUUUAAACAUCGGUGGUGGGUUCCAUCAUUGCUCUGCAGAAAGGGGAGGAGGGUUCUGUGCAUAUGCAGACAUCACACUUUCAAUCAAGUUUCUGUUUGAGAGAAUAGAAGGCAUCUCCAAGGCCAUGAUUGUAGACCUAGAUGCCCAUCAGGGUAACGGCCAUGAAAGGGACUUCAUCAAUGACAGCAGAGUUUACAUCAUGGAUGUGUACAACAGGUACAUCUAUCCACAUGACAGCUAUGCAAAAGGUGCAAUCAGAUGCAAGGUAGAGUUACAGGCCUACACAGAAGAUGAUCACUACCUCAGCCUUGUUAGGAAAAACCUUGACAAAGCCUUGGAAGAGUUCAACCCAGACAUCAUAGUGUACAAUGCAGGGACUGAUGUCCUAGAGGGUGAUCCACUGGGAGCUCUGUCUAUAUCACCUGAGGGUAUAAUUCAGAGAGACCAGUUGGUGUUUGAGCUUGCCAGGGGAAAAGGCAGACCCAGGCAAAUCCCUAUCCUCAUGGUUACCUCGGGUGGCUACCAGAAGCGUACAGCCCAGAUCAUCGCAGAUUCCAUCAAGAAUCUGAUAGCAAAAGGUCUGAUCUCACACCAGGCUGCAUCAGUGGAGACAGAGAUCUGAGAUCUGGAUCUAACAGUUUGUGGAAAAAAAUCUGCCUGAUUAUAUCAGGCCUGUACAGUAAAUGCUGUGUUCUGAUCAAACAAAGGUCAUGGCUGUUUCAAUAUGCAAUUGUGGUUUUUGAAACCUGUACAUGUAUGCUUGUAUUUUGUAAGGUCUUGACUGCUCUGUGUCUUCUUGAAAGGACAUGUUGAUGUUAAAAAAGUGAUGUUUUGAGAUUAUAAGUGUAAAUGGUAAUAAAGAUAUAUUUGUAUUAGCACAGCUCUGCUUCAUAUACUAGCUGUGAAGUUGCCAUCAAGUUGCCUUUAAGGCAUUUUUAUUUACAUUGCAAAGGAGUAUAGGCUUGAUAACUAUCAUUCUGUAAAUAUGACUCAUAUAUGUCAUACAUACUACUGUAAUUGCACAUAGUAUGGCUGUCAAGAUAGUUUACAGUAUGCAAUGUAUAUUGCUUGAUACCUUACCUCAGAAGAAAGUACAAGACAUUCAACACAUGACAUAAAUAGUGUACAAAAUGGUACUCAUAUGAAUUGAUAGUAAUCUAGCAAAUCUGUGUGUUUGUUUUGCUGAUGUUCAGGUAUUGUUAUUUAAUUUUCCAAAUCAUUUGUACAUUGACUUUAAUGGUUUGCCAUUUUCAUUUAAAUGGUCUGGGCAAUUUGCCACUGUCCAUACUAUGAAGGUAUAUACAUCUAGCAUUUUGGUGUCAAAUUUACCUAUGCAGCAGGAAAAGGGAUAUAGGACAAGACAAUCUAAAGAAGAAUGUUAGAAUUAUUUACAUACAGUAUGUAUGUCAUCGCUACAGUUGUGUUGAAGAGCUAUGUGUGCCUUCAUUCUACAUGCUGCCAUUCCAUAAUUUUGCCUCUUCAAUUAUUCCUGUCCUUUGUGACAGUAACUAGGGUAUUUCUGACUAAGAUUUUAUUAUUACAAGUUGUUUGGUGUAGUUUUUUCUUCCAUAGCCUUUAACACCUGAUUAUUCAAUGACUUGGCUCCCUUGCAAAAUUGUGUUGCCUUUUAUGUAUCUUCACCUCAGGCAGAUGUAUCUAUGAAUAACUUUCAAUUAAUUCCACAAAGGGCUUCACUGUAAUAUAUGUUCUAUUAAUGUGGUUUAAAUUUUUGGGAAAAAGCAACAGUCUCUGCUCUUGUUGUAUACCAUAAGAUCUGUUAUGCAAGAUUAAACUCUGUGGUGCAUU